CCGCCAAUGUUUACAUGCGGGAAGGCGUCUGCGGAGGAGCCGGCCCGGACCAGACCUAAAUUCUCGCGGAAUUUUCUCAAGAAAUCGGGUUUUGUCAUUGAAUUUCCUUUGAUAUUCUGAAAUUUUUAUUUAACGAUCCUUAAAUAUGGGCCCCAUAAGAUGGGCUGUGGGAAGGCUACUGAUGCCGCAGUCUCCAGUGCACAUGAGCCAGCGAUUUCUCCCAGAAGCUCGGAGGCGCUUUUACAGGAGUGUUACAGUGGCAGGAACAGGCAAUGAGUAUGAAGUGAACUUAGAUCACAGGAAAUUGAAGACGCCAAUGGGGAAUAUGUUUCAGGUGCCAAACCAUGGGUUAGCUUUGGCUGUAGCACAUGAGUGGGCUUCUGUCAAGGAUAAGAUCCAUCCCAGCCUGAUGCACCUGACCUCUCUUUCUAACACUGUAUUGGAUAACCCAGCCAAAGGAACUAAGUGGGAUUUUGCUGACAAGAUUUUGGAAUUCCUUGAGACAGAUACAAUAUUGUUCCCGGGUGAGACCACAGAUGACCUUUUAGAGCUGCAGAGGGAAGAGUGGGAUCCUGUUCUAGAGUGGUUCAAUAAGAAGUUUGAGAUUGAUCUCCAGCCGGCAGUUGGAAUAUGUAGUGCGGACAUUCCUAUGCAAGCCAGGGAAAGUAUCCGCCGAUAUCUCUUGUCUUAUGACAUUUGGGCCAUCACUGGAUUUCUCUACGGUGUGGAGGCAUUGAAAUCUGUAAUUUUAACUGUGGCAGCUGCAGAGCGAAGGUUAACAGCUGAAAAGGCUGUUGCGCUCUCUAGGCUAGAACUACAAUACCAGACAUCACGUUGGGGCUCAGUGGAAUGGGCACAUGAUCUUGACCAGUAUGAUCUCGAAGCAAGAUUUUCUGCGGCUCUUCUCUUCAUUCUCUUCAAUACCUCACAAACGUCAGUGAAACAAAAGACAAAGCAAUAACGUCAUUUAUUCUGAGAGAUUGUUGACUCUCAUAGUUAGAAUAACCAAUUUGUCUUUUUUUUUUAAUACUUGUACAUAUAUUGAGCUUAAUAAGAUUUCGGUAAUUGUAUGUUGUCUAUAUUGUUCUUUGUGAAUUGCUAAUAUGUAUAAUAUUUCACUGAAAGAAAUAAAAAGAACUGUUA